AUGUGGGAUCCUAUGGGUUCAUGGAGUAUUCCUGUUGCUGGUUUUUCGGUGGGGGAUUGUGUUUCUUUCCCACGGUUUCAACGGUGUUGUUGGAGAGGAGUGGAUCUGAGGAACCUACGACCGGUAGCUAAAGCUUUGCCUGUUGCAGGAGUUUCGUUAACUUUAAAGUGGGGACUGGUGAACGCCAGGUCAGUGGCUAAUAAAACAUUUGUUUUAAAAGAGUUUUUUAUGACACACGCGUUGGAUAUACUUUGUGUAACUGAGACUUGGAUAUCAUCUGGUGAGUGGAGCGCUGUGAAUGAAAUGGUGCCGGCGGACUGUGUACUUAUCAGUGUGUCUAGAGUUUCAAGAUGUGGCGGUGGGCUAGCAGUUAUCUGUAGAGCAAAUCUGCAGAUAAAACAACUUUAUCCUGCAUCUAUUUAUAGUAGUUUUGAACUAUGUUUAUUGGAACUGGGACAUUUAAAUCCACUUCUUUGUGUAGUGGUUUAUAGACCUCCAAGAUAUAAUAAGGAUUUUAUAUCGGAGUUUUCUGAAUUUUUAGCUGAGUAUGUUUUACGUUAUGAUCAGAUUAUACUACUUGGGGAUUAUAAUAUUCAUGUUUGUUGUCCUGAAAAGCCACUUGUUUCAGAUUUUUAUGAUUUGGUAAAUUGUUUUAGUUUAAAUCAGUGUGUUAGUGGGGCCACUCAUGUAUGUGGUCACACGCUGGAUUUGGUAUUAUCAUCUGGGCUUGUUGUGGAAAAUUUGUGUAUUCAAGAUGCUGUGUUUUCUGAUCAUAAACCUAUUGUAUUUGAUGUUAUUCUGCAUUUUAGUGCAGAUAAGCAUAUUGUUCCAGUUAGACUUAGUCGUUUUUUCAAUCAAGAUAUUCUUGAGAAGUUUUCUUUAUUAUUUAAAGAGGCUAUGAUUUAUUUCUCAGAAUGGUCUACAUUGAAUGGAUUAUUAAAUUGUUUUAAUGAGACUUGUAGGGGUAUCUUGGAUAUUAUUGCACCACUGCGUUCGAAGAAGAAAAGUUCAGUAAUAAAUCCGUGGGCAAUGGACCUCACUCGAGCUGCAAGAAGGGAAUGUAGAAGAUGUGAAAGGCAGUGGAAGAAGAGCAAGCUCCAUGUAUUUUUAAUUGCCUUGAGGGAAAGUUGGAAGGUUUAUCAGGAUACUGUAAAAUAUGCAAAAAGUAUAUAUUAUUCUAACCUUGUUUCUGAAAACUCUCACAAUCCUAGGGUUUUGUAUGGUGUAAUUGUUUCAGUUUUAAAUGCUCAAGAUUAUUUUCCAGUACAGGCUUCAACUACAAUAUGUAAUGAUUUUCUUAAGUUCUUUAUGGAUAAGGUUGCUAAUUUAAGAAUGGCCGUGCCUGUAGUUCCUUUACAGGGUCCUUUGAUUUCUGUUUCUGAGAAAUUAUGUGCUUUUCACCCAAUAGUAUUGUCAGAUUUGGUUAAAAUGAUAGAUGAGGCUAAGCCUAGUGAUUCUCCUGAUGAUGUUUUACCUUCGUUUGUUUGUAAGGAUGUGUCUUUAACAGUGGCCCCAGUCAUAUUGACAAUAAUCAACACUAGUUUAGUUUCUGGUGUUGUGCCAAAUGAUUUUAAAAGAGUGGUUAUACAUCCACUAUUGAAGAAAUCUGGGCUAGAUGCAUCUGUGUUAUCUAAUUAUAGGCCAAUUUCUAAGUUGCCUUUUUUGAGUAAGGUGAUGGAGAGAUGUGUUUAUGGCCAGUUGUUGGAUUUUCUAAAUAAAAAUAAUUUUUUAGAAAAUUUUCAAUCUGGUUUUAAACCAUUACAUAGUACUGAGACAGCUUUGUUGAAAGUUUUGAAUGAUAUUUUUCUUGCAACUGAUGGUGGAAAAUCUGUAUUAUUAGUGUUGUUGGACUUGACAGCUGCUUUUGAUACAGGUGAUCAUGAGGUGCUGUUGCACCGUCUUGAGCAUUAUGUGGGAAUUACUGGUUCGGCGUUAAAUUGGUUUAGGUCUUACCUUUCUGAUAGAAUAGUGUGUGUUCAGAUGGGUGGCUUUUCAUCUGAUUUUUCCCAUCUUCCUUGGGGAGUUCCACAGGGUUCAAUUUUAGGGCCUUUGUUGUUUUGUAUUUAUAUUUUGCCUCUGGGAGAUAUUUUACAGAAAUACGGCAUUGACUUUCAUUUGUAUGCUGAUGAUUGUCAACUUUAUUUACCCUUGGAUGAGGCUGGUGGUCGAUCAAUAUCAAAGGUUCUUGAUUGUCUAUGUGAGCUUAAAACAUGGAUGGUGGAAAACUUUCUAAGUCUUAAUGAAGGGAAGACAGAAGUAGUGCUUUUUGGUCCGAGUCGUUAUACUGAUUCCUCCAUGGUGGAUUGUGGUGAAUUGACUCCUUAUUUGAAGGAUUUUGUUGUUAAUUUGGGAGUAAAAAUGGACAAAGAUUUGUGUUUUAGGGGUCAUAUAAAUGGGAUUGUGGCAUCCUCUUUUUACCAGUUAAGACUUUUGGCUAGGGUAAAACCAUUUUUGUCUAGGUGUGAUCUUGAAAUUGUGGUGCAUGCAUUUAUAACUUCACGUCUAGACUAUUGUAACUCCAUUUUAUUUGGAGUGAUUCAUGGUGCCUUAUCUCGUUUACAGCUUGUUCAAAAUGCUGCUGGGAGAUUUUUGGAAGGCAAACGUAAGUUUGAUCAUGCUAUGCCCAUAUUGACAGCUUUACAUUGGUUACCUGUUUUUUACUGGAUUCGUUUUAAAGUUUUGUUAUUGGUGUUUAAAGCUUUAAAUGGUUUGACCCCAACUUAUUUAUCAGAGAUAUUGCUUCCUUAUGUUCCUGCUCGGGCACUUCGCUCAGAAGAUUUGUCUUUGCUUGUGGUCCCGAAGUCACGAUUAAAGAUGAGGGGAGACAGAGCUUUUUCAGUUGCAGCUCCAAAACUUUGGAAUGAGCUUCCACUUUACAUUCGGCAGUCUUCUUCAGUGGCAGUUUUUAAAUCAAAGCUUAAGACUUAUUUUUAUGAUUUGGCUUUUAGUAGUGUGGGAUGA